AGCUUACCAGUUGUUUUAGUCAUACGGUGUGAAUUACGUUUUUGUUACAGUUAGUGUUAGGGAGAUGUCUGGGAAAUGAAAUACAACUUGGAAAGCUGGAGAGGAAUUUCUCAACCAGUUUAAACUGAAAGAAAACAACCAGAACAUUUUUCGGUUUUCUACUUUUUAAAGGAGCAAAGGUCAACUUACAACUGUCUACAGGCUCACCCUUUCCUGGCAAUGUGGGGCAGUCGUAUGGCGCUACAUCGGCUCCAGAGGAUCGCAGUUGCCCCUUUGAGUGUCUCCGGCGGUGCACCGACUAAAGUGCAGAGGGAAAUGUCAACCCUGCCACGGGUGUAUGUCACCAGACAGAUCCCUCCUGAGGGACUGAGGCUCCUCCACAAGUCAGGACAGGUGCAGUUGGAGCUUUGGGACUCUGACGACGUCCCAGUGCCGAGGAAGGAACUGCUUCAGAGAGUCAAAGGGGUUGACGGUCUGCUCUGUGUGUUGACAGAAAAGGUUGAUGCCGAACUGUUGGACGCAGCAGGUCCAAACCUGAAGGUCCUCAGCACCAUGUCAGUGGGUUAUGAUCAUCUGAAUUUGGAGGAGCUGAAGAAAAGAGGAAUCCGUGUCGGUUACACCCCGGAUGUUCUGACAGACGCUGUUGCUGAGCUGACUGUCGCUCUGCUGCUGACUACUUCCAGGAGGCUUAUUGAGGCGGCGCAUGAAGCUAAGACAGGUGGCUGGGGCACAUGGAGAACCCUAUGGUUAUGCGGAUACGAGUUGGCCAACAGUACUGUGGGUAUUCUGGGCCUCGGACGGAUUGGCGUGGCUAUUGCUGAGCGUCUGGCACCUUUCAAAGUCAGGAAGUUUAUCUACACAGACGUGGCUCCACGGCCUGAGCUGGCCAAAGCGAUCAAUGCGGAAUACGUCUCUAUGGACGAGCUGGCGAAACAGUCCGACUUCCUGGCUGUUUGCUGUGCAUUAACACCGGAGACAAACAAGAUCUGCGACAGGAACCUUUUCUCCAAGAUGAAAAAAACCUCCAUCUUCAUCAACACAAGCAGAGGCGGGGUGGUGAACCAGGAGGACUUGUAUGAGGCUCUGUCCACAGGGCAGAUAGCAGCAGCGGGGUUGGACGUUACCGUCCCUGAGCCCCUCCCCACCAACCACCCUCUGUUUACCCUGAAGAACUGCGUGAUCCUUCCACACAUCGCCAGUGCCUCAUACACCACCCGUAACGCCAUGUCCGCCCUGGCCGCCAAUAACCUCCUGCUCGGCCUGCGGGGUGAGCCGAUGAUCAAAGGGCUCAAGCUUUAAGAGAAAACCUGCUUUUGCUUUGGAACAAUUAGUCUACAUGUAACAGGGUUAUUGCACCUUGUAGGCUUUUAAUCAGUUUACUACUAAAACAGGCCAAUAAACAGAUUUUUGUUGUUUUUAUUCAGUUUGAUACAACAGCUGAACAUACUUUACAAACUUCAUGACUUUCAAACAGCAAAGAGACAAUUCAACCAACUUAUGGCCACACAAGAGACAUACAGUGAAGAGAAACAAUUUGGAGUGAGUCUUUUUUUUUGUCCAAAUUUUCAGUCAUAGUCACAAAGUGUGAUUUUUAACCAAUCAUUUACCAGUUUUGAGGACAGACGACCCAGCAGGUUUCAGCCUGUAAAACUAUUUUAGAGGCUUUAAUGUGAAAGGAGGCUGAUUUUAAACCCAAACCGCAGCAAGUUCCAAUUAAACCACUACAUUGGUUUGUUCAAAAACACGGGUUUCUGUCCAGAAGCAAAGUUUUCAGAUGUUUGAUAACUAUGUCCAAUAAAAGCAUUGUACUAUA